UUCCAGUGACCCACUGGUCCCAUGCAUUUCACCAUGACACAAGGACCGACAUUAAAACCAACUAAAACCCUUCACACCAGCACCACAACAGCUGCUCCAGGCUUCCUGGCCUCUUUACUGGACAGGAUUCCUUUGCCAAGAUGGGCCAUCUAUGCUAUAUUCACUGCCAUCGUCCUGCUCAUUCUCAUCUGUGUGAUAUGCUGCUGUGUAAAAUGCUGCUGCAAAGGGAAAAAGAAGAGGAAGAAGAAGCUGGACCAGAAGAUCAGUAUGAAAGGGAUCUCAGGAACUACAACCGCAGCACUGGUCCAGCCCGAGACAGAGGAUGUGGAGUACGGCUCAGAUGACCAGCAGAGAGGAAAACUGCAGUACUCACUGGAGUUCAACGCAUCCAGAUCAGAGCUGACUGUAGGGAUAAAAGAAGCUGCCGAUCUGAAAGCGAUGGACUCAGGAGGAACAUCUGACCCUUAUGUGAAAGUCUACAUUUGUCCCAACAAGUCCAAAACAUUUGAGACGAAAGUCUUCAGGAAAACCCUUAACCCAGUGUUCAAUGAACAUUUCAAAUAUCAGAUCCCUCAGAAGGAGCUGAUUGAGUCGACACUGGUGAUGCAAGUCUAUGACUUCAACAGAUUCUCCAAACACGACAUCAUCGGUGAGAUCAGACUCAGUCUGUCCACUGUGGACUGGAAUCAUGUGAUUGAGGAGUGGAGAGAUCUGAGCGAAGCCUCCAAACAUGAGCAAGAACAUCUGGGGGAGAUCUGCUUUUCUCUUCGUUAUGUCCCAGCUAGUAGUAAACUCACUGUGAUCAUACUGGAAGCCAAGAACCUGAAGAUGAUGGACCACGGAGGCUCUUCAGACCCCUAUGUGAAAGUUCAAUUGAUUCUGGAUAAGAAGAAGUGGAAGAAGAAGAGAACAUCAGUGAAGAAGCAGACACUGAAUCCAUACUUCAAUGAAUCGUUCACCUUUGAAGUGUCAUUUGAAAAGAUUCAGAAAGUCCAGCUGGUCAUCUCUGUGUGGGACCAUGACAAAAUGAGCAGAAAUGAUGCGAUCGGCAAGAUAUAUCUGGGCUGUGAUGCUACAGGAAACCAGCUGCGUCACUGGGCGGACAUGCUGUCCAACCCACGCAAGCCUGUGACUCAAUGGCACACAUUACUCUCCUCUGAACAGGUGGACACAACGCUGGCCUUGAAACACACGCUAAAGAUCCCCUUCACAAACAAAGCCUUCUGAAAAACCUCCAUUCCCAUUCCUUUGUUACAAUAAUCUCAAGAAUUUCUAUAAGUUAUAAUGUAGGACAGACUAUGGACCAGGGCCAUUGUUUUUUAUAUAGUUGAUCCAUAUUGUUGUAGUGAAACAUUUCAUUACUCUCUCCUACGUUGUCUUCUCCAUAAUUUUGAGCUGUUAGCAAGUCCAAUACAUUUUACUGAAUUGUUCAUAUGAAAGUACUUUGUAAAUCUGUUUAUAAGAAUUAUCUUCUUUAGAAAUAGUAUAUAAAUUAGAAAUUAUAGUUAAAUAUAGCUGUUUGUCAUUUCAAAUAAGCUAUAAUGAUACAUAUAAUUGUAUUUGUUGUUUUAGCAUAACUUUAUCUGCCAGAUUCAUUUAAUGCUGUCACAUCACGCUAAUUUGUUGCAUUGGUUGCAUUGCAUUGGUUUGCCACUAUUCUGAUGAACCUACGUUUAAAGGAAUUUCACAGUUUUAUUGUUCAUAUUGUCUCACACAAAGAUGAAAGAAAUCAACACUUGUCCAAAUCUAGCCCAAACGGCUUAUUUCAUUUAUUGCUAAGAGGUCACAGAAAUGUGCAAAAAAAAUGUAAAGAUGCAAAAGUGCAGAACGUUUUCCCUUCCUUAUUGCCAGGUGAAUAUUUAAACAUGAUUUGAAUACUGAACAUUGAUAAUACAAAAAGUAGUUCACAAGCACUAUUAGAAUGAACAACAUCUACCCCUCUAGAAAUGUAAUGUUCUCAGAACGUCCCGCUGGUGUCAGUGACGUUCCCAGAACCUUUCCCAAGAUGGUCAUGAUGUGGAGUUCUUUAUAGGGAUGGGGGGACAU